AUGACCCAGUUCAUCGGUGCCGGUGCGGCAGACGCCACCCGUCCGGGGGCUUUCGUCUACCGCGGCCCGGAAGAUGAUCCAGAUUUGUCCCUGACCGUUGGUCUGCUGCUCGAAUCGUCCUCUUACAAUUUCAAUGUCUCGUAUGUCGCGCCCGACGACAUCACAGAGGAGAGUCUCAAGACGAUCAAGGUCUUUGCCUUUCCAGGCGGUGAGGAUGUGGACAGCUCCUGGGAAGAACUCGAGCCCGUCGCAGAUCGCAUCCGGGACUUCGUCUCUCAGGGAGGUCGCUACCUCGGCUUCUGUCUGGGCGCCUACCUGGCUGGAGACUCUCCCGGCCUCGCCCUGCUCCCCAAGGGCUCGAAGAUUUCCGCCGAGAGCGACGAGCCCGACGCGCAGGUCAAGGACGACCGGGACACGGUCAUACAGGUCAACUGGGAGUUCAGCUCUGGACCUGAAGCCGGCAAGACGGUCAUGAACCGCUGGGUCUACUACCAGGAGGGAAACCUGAUCAAGGACUUUCCCGAGACCUCGACGAGCCUGGUGAUUGGACGCUACUCCACGACGAACCACGUCGCCGCGACCAUUAACAAGUACGGUAACGGCUGGGUCGGCACUACAGGGCCUCACCCCGAGGCGAACCAGACCUGGUUCGACUUGGAGAAACUCACCGCGCCAGAUGGUUUGCAGUUUGAAAUAGGCCACGACCUCAUUGAAGCCACGAUGAGCGGCGGCCACAAUGUCAAGAACCUGGCGGUCCCGAAGCCAGGCGAUGGAACCGACGGCACAAACCCACCGAGUGGCGGUAAUGGAAAUAACGGAACCACUGGAGAUAAUGGAAACAGCGGAAACAACAACGGCAAUCCUGGAAACAACGGGACGUCCGCGAGCCCCAAGGCCGUGGAGAGCAGCGGCAGCAGAAGGAUGAAGAACCCUUUACGCUUCUUCUUCCGCAGAUAA